CUCUCUCUCUCUCUCUUCCUUCCUCUGUCCUCUUCAUCACCUCACCGAAACGUCCCGCCUCUCCGCACUGCUCCCUCGCGAUUUCUUCCUCUCUGUCCUCCGCUCUUCUCUCGUCCUCCUGAUCUCGGUCGCAUCGGCCGCUGAAACCGAACGACAAAGAGAUUGAGCGAGAGAGGGAUUGGGAGAUGGCGGCGGUAGCAGCGAGGCUGGAUCUCGACGGGAACCCGAUCAGGCCGAUGACAAUCUGCAUGAUCGGGGCCGGGGGGUUCAUCGGAUCACACCUCUGCUAGAAGCUGAUGGCGGAAACGCCCCACACGGUGCUGGCGGUGGACGUCUACAACGACAAGAUAAAGCACCUCCUCGACCUGCCGGCGCCGGAGACGGAGGCUGGGCAGGACGCCCGCCGCCACCCCUGGCGCGGCAGGAUCCAGUUCCACCGCCUCAACAUCAAGCACGACUCCAGGCUUGAGGGCCUCAUCAAGAUGUCCAAUCUGACGAUCAACCUGGCGGCAAUAUGCACGCCAGCGGAUUACAACACCCGCCUGCUAGACACCAUCUACGGCAAUUUCAUCGACGCUCUCCCCGUUGUGAGGUAUUGUUCAGAGAACAACAAGCGCCUUAUUCACUUCUCCACUUGUGAAGUGUAUGGGAAAACAAUUGGAAGCUUCCUGCCCAAGGAUCACCCUCUAAGAACUGUGCACACUACAUCCCUUUGAGUAACCUCUUGUGACUGAAGAUAUAUGUGAAAACACAUACGGAUUAGUCUAACUAGAUUUGAGAGAUUAUGCCGUGCAUGGCAAAUAUUUUGAGUCUGCCCAUGCUUGCUGAGGGAGCGGAAAAUGGCCUUGAGUUCACCAUUGUGAGACCUUUCGAUUGGAUUGGACCAAGGAUGGACUUCAUUCCUGGAAUUGAUGGACCCAGCGAGGGUGUUCCUAGGGUUUUGGCAUGCUUCAGUAAAUAAUCUCCUGCGCCAUGAACCUCUGAAACUUGUUGAUGGUGGUCAGUCCCAAAGAACAUUUGUCUACAUCAAGGAUGCCAUUGAAGCUGUCCUGCUGAUGAUCGUGUGUAUUAUUUUUCUGUGUUAUAUAUAUAUA